CUGAUUGGUUCACGAUGCUGUCAGUCAGUUCGGUAGGCACAGAAGGGGCGGGACUCUUAGCUGAGCUGUGGGUACGCUGCAGUGUCCAGAAAAUAGAUAAACAGAAUAUUCUUACCUAUGAUUGACGCAACUAUGUUACAAACUCAUUCAACUAGAUACUGAAACGCCAAACUUGCAAACAGACGAUGUCGAAGACGAGCCGCGCGUUUGACUAGUGACUAGGUGCCCAACAACUCAUUACGAAAAGCAAGCUAGUUAACAUGAUGAUGGCCAGCUGAACAUCGUUGUGCCUUCAGCUCUUGUUAUUAUUGCUCUCACGGUUUAAUGCUCUAUUUUCAUGCUCUGAAUUGGGGGAUUUCAUGCAUCCUUUCCACAUGCACUCCUAGAAUUGUAGUUAUCUGGCCGGAGCUGCUCAGUUUUAGGUGCUGUGCGCCUAAGCUAAGCUAACAGCACAGGAUUGGUGUACAUGGGCCAAACCCCUUUCACAUAUUAGCUCACAGCUAACCAGUCGCUGGAACUACACGAUUGGAACAGAAAGUUUUAUAGAAAGAUACGCGGUGCAGAUCGAGCAAGCAGAAUGUUGGUUUGCAGAAACCCACGGAUCAUUUCUUUAGGCUGUGAUCGAGACAUACAUUGACCCUUAACAACAACAACAGAAGCCCCGGUCUCUCUAUACAGGCUGCAACAUGAGCACAUUGUGAACCGUGACAUUGAUCUGUUUUGUGUCUUUCAACGAUGUAGCUUUGCUACCUGCGUGGUUUUUAUGCGGCAUACUUCUAAGGACAGUAAACAAUCAAGAAAUAAUGUCACAAGAGAAGAUGGAGCUGGAUCUGGACAUCCCGUCGUCACUCGAUGGACACUUGAGACGAUCUAACAGCGAACCCAUGAUAAACGGCCUGAGUGAUGCUUCACAGGUGUUCCAGAGAGAGGUUCUCCGCAGCAGAAGAAACAGUACUACUGUUGUUCGACCCAGUGUGGUUCCAUCUUCGCCCGUACGUGUUCCUAGCACAAGACUGCAGAGGAUCAAACAGGAAGAGGGUGUUGAUGUGAUGAACCGUGAAACUGCUCAUGAACGAGAGGUGCAGGCAGCCAUGCAGAUGAGCCAGUCUUGGGAGGAGAGUCUUAGUCUGAGUGAUAAUGAUCUUGAGAAAUCUUCAUCGUCAUCAUCUCCAAAGCGGAUUGAUUUUGUGCCUGUGUCUCCUGCUCCUUCGCCCACCAGAGGGAUCGGAAAGAAGCAGUGUUUCUCUCCAUCUCUUCAAAUCCUGGUGACCAGUAACGGUCUGACGCCCAGCCCUGUUCCCAGCCCGACACGCCGCUUCAGCAGGAGGAGUCAGAGCCCGAUCAACUGCAUCAGGCCUGGUAUUCUGGGCCCUCUCAAACGCAAAUGUGAAAUGGAGACUGAAAGCCAGCCCAAGAGACUCUUUCAGGGAACCACCAACAUGCUGUCCACAGAGGUGUCUCACUUACCCGAACUUAACUCCUGCAGUCUGUCUCCUCCAGAUCUUCUGGAUGGGAGUCUCAGCAGCGUGGGCUCCUCCUCAGACUCUCCCGCCAAGAUGGAAGGAGUGUCUCCUUCCUCCAGUAACUCUUCCCUCACGCCCCUUCAGGACCUCUCCCCUAAGUGAUCCGCUGAGCAUCACGGACAUCAGAGGAAGACUGGGCCGCUUCUCAGGCCCUUUCCCACUCAUUUGACUUUUAUCCCAACAUGGCUUUUGUUUUUUUCCCUGAAUUGUCCCGUUAUGUUACAUUCAAAGCGAGGUGAGAGUAUUCCGUGUGGGACAGACCCUAAGGGCAUGGAGAGACUGUGGAUGUUUUUUUGCAUCAGCUGCUAUAAAUAGAUGUAAAACAUGGUGUAUGUAUCUGUAUCAAAGUGAACAAUGUCAUGGAAGAGGCUCUUGGAUUUAGUUUU